UUUCGGAUCAAAAAUUUCAUAAACCGCGUCUUUUUUUUCCCCAAACCUUCAAAACACCAGAAUCCUCCCUAACACCCCUCUCACUCACCUCCCUCAUCACUCUCACUCUCAAUCUCUCUACCGCUGCUCUCCCAAACUUUAACCGACGAAAGCUUUCAUACAAGGCUUUGCUGAGAAGCUGAAAGAGGGAGAGAGAGAGAGGGGGAGAGAGAAAGAAAGAGAGAGGGGAGAGAGGGUGGAUCGUUCGGGGAAACCAGAGAAGAAAAAGAAAAAGAAGGGGAGAAAAAUCCUCGAGAUGAUGGAGGCUAACGAAAUCUUGAACCCUGUGAAAAGAAUUGGUGAUGUUCCAGGAAUUAAGGUUGGGCAUCAGUUCUAUGCACGGGCUGAAAUGGUUGCUGUUGGUUUUCACAGUCACUGGCUGAACGGGAUUGAUUAUAUGGGGCAGAGUUACAGUAAAGGGGAGUAUAGGAACUACACGUUCCCAGUUGCAGUUGCCAUUGUUUUGUCCGGGAUGUAUGAAGAUGACCUUGAUAAUGCUGAUGAUGUUGUGUAUACUGGUCAAGGUGGACAUAAUUUAACUGGCAAUAAGCAUCAGAUCCAAGACCAAAAGAUGGAGCGUGGAAAUUUGGCGCUCAAGCCAGCAGCUGGAACUCCAAUAACAGGGAAAGGUGUUGUUAUCUGCAAGAACCCCUCUGAUCCAACUGUCGUUUUGGGGUAUUUGUCUGUAGCAUUUCUCAUUGCUACUACUGUGGCUGGGUUUUUGUCUCUGUUUUACCCUUACAAAGGAAAAUCUGUUCCACAAAGUGCCUUAUUUAGAAGCGCCAGUUUUGUUGUUUUCUUCAACAUUGCUAUGUAAGCAUUUUGUUCUCAGUUCUCACUCUCCCAUAUUUUUUGAUAUUCUUAUUCUGAUAUCUUGAAGAGACAAGCACUAUUCAUGCUCA